GAACCACGCGUGUCCCCGUCGGGCGCUGUCACGUGUGGGAGAUGCGCUGAGAGGAACAGCUGUGGGUCGCUGCUUGCUGCAGGGCCGCCGCCAUGAGCACGGCUGCCAGCCCUGAGCCCCCCCCGUCCCCCCCCGGACCCCGAUACUUCGAUCGCUUCCCCGAAGACGACCCCGAAUACCUGCGGGAGCGCAACAUGGCGGCCGACCUGAGGCAGGACUUCAACAUGAUGGAGCAGAAGAAGAGGGUCACCAUGAUCCUACAGAGCCCGUCUUUCAGGGAGGAGCUGGAGAGCCUCAUCCAGGAGCAGAUGAAGAAGGGCAACAACUCGUCCCACGUGUGGGCGCUGCGGCAGAUCGCAGACUUCGUGGCCACCACGUCCCCCGCCACCCUGCCCACCUCCCCCAUGGGUCUGACAGCGGUGACUCCCAUCAACGACCUCCACGGUCCGGACGCUCCAGCCCUGGCCAAGGGGGAGCGCUUGAUGCGCUGCAAAGCGAGCAGCGUGCACCGCCUGCUGGAUCUGUACGGCUGGGCGCAGCUGGGCCACGCGGCCGUCACCCUGAGGGUCAGCAAAGAACAGGAGCACUUCCUGGUGGCCCCCCAAGGUUUGGCGUGCAGUGAGGUGACCGCAGCCAGCCUGAUCAAGGUGAACGUGCUGGGCGAUGUGGUGGAGCAGGGCAGCACCGACUUUGCCCCCGAUGCUCGUGCCUUCAGCCUCCAUGCCGCCAUCUACGCCGCCCGCCCCGACGCCCGCUGCAUCGUGCGCCUGCACACCCCGGCAACGGCGGCGGUGUCAGCCAUGCGCUGCGGCGUGCUGCCCAUCUCCCGCGCUGCGCUGCUGCUGGGGGACAUCGCCUACUUCGACUUCCGUGGUGAGGUGGAGGACGAAGCCGACCGGGUUGAGCUGCAGAAGUGCCUCGGCCCCACCUGCAAGAUCUUGGUGCUGCGCAACCACGGGGUGCUGGCGCUGGGCGACACGGCUGAGGAGGCUUUCUACAGCAUCUUCCACCUGCAGGCAGCCUGCGAGGUGCAGGUGUCGGCGCUGGCGAGUGCAGGCGGUGCAGAGAACCUCAUCGUGCUGGAGCGUGCCAAGCACCGUCCCCACGAGGUGGGCUCCGUGCGCUGGGCUGGCAGCACCUUCGGCCCCAUGCAGAAGAGCCGGUUGGGCGAGCACGAAUUUGAAGCCCUGAUGAGGAUGCUGGACAACCUGGGUUACCGCACCGGUUACACCUACCGCUACCCCUUCGUGCAAGAGAAAAGCAAACCCAAAAGCGAUGUGCUCAUCCCUGCCACCGUGACGGCCUUCGUCUUCGAGGAGGAGGCGAUGCCCACGCCUGCGCUGCGGCAGCACGCACAGAAGCAGCAGAAGGAGAAGACGCGGUGGCUCAACACACCCAACACGUACCUGCGGGUCAGCGUGGCCGAGGAGCAGCAGGGAGGCCAGAAGACCAAGACGACCUGGCUGAAGGCUGACGAGGCGGAGAAGGGCAGCAGUGGCACUGCCAUCCGCAUCGAGAACCCCAACCAGUUUGUGCCCCUCUACACCGACCCUCAGGAGGUGCUGGAGAUGAGGAACAAGAUCCGUGAGCAGAACCGCCAGGACGUCAAGUCUGCAGGGCCGCAGUCCCAGCUGCUGGCCAGUGUGAUCGCCGAGACGAGCCGCAGCCCCUCCACAGAAAGCCAUUUGGGGGAUGCCGAGACCAAAAACCCAUCCCAAGAGGAGGUCCCAGCUGAGCCGGAGCCCCCGAACCCCUUCAGCCAGCUCACGGACCAGGAGCUGGAGGAGUACAAGCGGGAGGUGGAAAGGAAGAAGCUGGGGCUGCACGGAGACAAGGAGGAAGAGGAGACCCAGGCAUCCCCCCCAGAAUCACCACCGGGGUCCCCAAAAUCCCCCAACAAAAGCGCAGCCCCAGAGGGUCAGGAGGGUGACAAGAAGGUGGAGGAUGGCCAAGCUCCGGCCGAUUCCUCCGCCGAGAAGGAGCCGCCUGCGGUGGUCAAUGGGAAGGAUGAGGAGCAGAGCACGGAGGAGAGCAAAGGGGGGGACCAGACGAGCACCCCGGCCAACCCAGAGCAGGAUGCCCCCAAGGAGAAGAGCGAGACGGUGACCAGCACCCCCGUCUCCCCCGAAGGCUCACCCUCCAAAUCACCCUCCAAGAAGAAGAAGAAAUUCCGGACCCCGUCCUUCCUGAAAAAGGGCAAAAAGAAGGAAAAGAUCGAAUCUUGAGCCUCUCCCCCCUCCCCCCGUGGCUUUGGCCGAGCGUCUUUCCAGACGGAUGCGUCUGCGCCGUGCGUCUGGCCGUGGCGCAGCCAAAAACCCUGGAGGUGAACAAUCCGGGAGCCCCCGGCACGAGGCACCAAGUCCCCCCCGUCACCCGCUUCGGAGGUGGCCGCUGAGCUUACCGAGAGAUUUUGGCCCCUGUCUGCUGCUUGGGGAAAUACCCACCGCCACGUCCCCGCUCCCACCAGCGCUCCCCCGUCUCUCCCAGGCUCCCCCGUGGGCUCUGAGGUUUGUUUAUCCCACCCGCUGCUUGCAGAGCCCUCGUGCAACGCGGAGGCACAGCCCGGAUGCGCUUGGUUUUGAGAAAGAAACGGGUGUGCUGUCGUCGCUGGUUUUGGGCCUUUGACCCAAAACGUUUUGUUUCACGCUCUGCUGGAACGGCGCUGGCUUUGCCCCUGGCAUCUCUUUGCCAGGGUGAUGGGAUGGAGCCCAACACCGGAGGAUUGCUCUCCCCGAAGGAGAGCACCUGGGACUCUUUCCUUCUCGGAUCGCAAUCUUACCCCAAGGCUGUGAGCCACCUCGGUCCCCUUCUCCUGGUGCCACACUCACACGUUUGCUGCUUGGUGGAGAGCAGCAGGGUUUCUGCACCGCACCUGAGAACACAGAAGACGAGGAGCCUCGGGGCGGAGUCACGUAAAACUGAGCAAACUUCACUCACCAAGUGCUACUUUGGGAUGAACACACGCUGCCAAUUCACUUCAGUAGGAGGCACUGCCCUGGUCCCCCCACACCGCGUCGAUGAGUGCCUGUCCACGUAAAGAGCACGAGAGCCCCGAGGCCGAACCGCUGCUCAGCCCAGCUCUGGACUCCUGAGCACACGCACAGAUCCUCCCCAUCCUUCCCCCAGCCUCACCUCCCCAUGCCCAGCCAUGCAACCCAAAGGGAAGAAGAAAAAGCAGCUCUGAAGCCUGGAAAA